AUGCUGAAGUGGACGGUUUCAAGAUCGUUAUCUACGGCCAGCUCGACCCCCCAUGGACCGCCCACGCAGAACAAAGCCUCCCGCAGACCCUUUCGAGACCUGUCCAACACGCCGCCGGCAACUCCGGGUUCUUCGAGGUCUAGAGCGACCCAAGGGACCAAUGACACGGCUACUCGGCAAAACGUGCGCAGAAGAAGAUGUAGGAGUCACGGAAGUGAUCUGAGGGCCUAUUUUCAGGUAACGAAGCCGACAUUGAGGUCAUUGAAGAGGCAGUCGACGUCUCAGGAGGUUCAGAAAUCUCCAAGGUCGGAGAGCUUUUACCAGAGCACUCCUCGAGUGGACGCUGACAUAGGACCAUUUACUUUGUUACCGACCGUGGCAGUAUCCAAAUGCUCGGCGGCCUUGACUCUUCCUUCGGAUCCUACUCUGAUAAGGACUGCGAAAACGUUCCAGGGCAAUGGAGAACUGCCACAAAACAUUGUUAACGAAGCACGCGCUAAUCUGCAGUCCCACGUGUCGGACUUCUUUCAACAAAUCUCUCUAGCCGGCAGCCCUGAAGACGUUAUGGAGGCAGAUUCCGUGCCCUUGACAAAAACGAGGCUCUUCGCUCAAAAUUGCGAGACCGCCAAGAUGAAGCACGCUGCGGAAUGCUCCAAAUCUCCCUGCGUACCGAAACUGGCAAAAAUCGCAAAACUCCAUGCCCGAUGUAAGACGCCUUACCACACCAAAGUACUUCAAGGUCGUAGCCCGUUCAAGGCCAAGGACUUACAGCAGACUCCUCUUCUCGGCAAGCUAUCGCUUCUCAGGAUAGACCACGACUUGCCCAAUUUCGAGAAUAUGGAUAACACGGUGACGGAAGUUCUGCAUAGAGAACAGGAAGCGAAUUACGGACAAUCAGUUGCGGAGAUCUUACUGAGAGAUCCUGACGAACGACGGAAAAUAGAAACGAACAUCAAGGGUAUCGAGACCAGUGAAUGCCCCAGUGAAAUCAACGAACAACCCACUGAAACCGAUGAUCAUUCCGCGGAAACUGUUGAAGAGGAGAAAAUAGACACGGAAGAGAGAAACAAAAGCAACGACAGCACGGUGUCUUCGGCAAGUCAGCUGCUCGAGGAUCCUUCGCCCAUGUCUUGGGCCUUUAGAUCUCCGACGAAUGACUUUGACGACAAUUUUACCCUGAAGAGACAACGAGGGAUACGAAGGAAACGUCAUCAAAAGGGAGAGACUAACGGAGGACCAGCUUCCAAGAGUAAACGAAUAAAAAAGAGAUCGAUAAGCCUGAGCCCGCCCAGGAGCAAAACCCUUGACGAGGCGGAUACUAUAAUCGAGGCAGUAAACUUACACGUAAAAAAAUUCACUCUAGAAACCGAUCUCGACGAGGUCUUGGCAACCGGAAGUCCAGCAAUUUCACAAAUGCCUUUCUGUGCAAACUCGGAAUGCCCUAAGGAGGAAGAUGUUUGUCACAAAACCAGCAUUUGGAACUCCGCAAGCCCGAAGUCGUUUUUAACGGAAGACUUGCAAAGCUCCAAAUCCUUUCUCACAUCCGUGUCGGAUACUCCGGAAGCUCCGCUUGUAGCAACGGUCAGAAGAUGUUUGAAAUACAGUCCGGAGAAUACGCUUCCACAAUUCAACCAGUCCCAAACGCGAGGAUCCAUCGAGAUAGAAGUUUCAUUAAUGAAAGAUCAUAUUCAUGUGCGAGUAAUACGGUGCAAGGACUUAAAAAGGACGUAUGAGGGACCCGUACACGCCUACGUGAAGGCAAGCCUGAAGAACCCGAACGGCGAGGGGGUCGUUAAAAGGACUGCCGUUCACCGGGCCACCCCAAGCCCCGUCUUCAACGAGACCUUGGUACUACCCUGUCCUACCAACAACAAUAAUUGCUCGAGCAAGGCUACGUCCGUGGACAUCGCUGUCUGGCACCGGGAUCGACGAGCGAGGCGCAGCGAGCUCCUCGGCUGUAUGACUCUACCCCUGCCUCUGUCCCAAGACAAGGAGGCGACAUGGCAUCCCCUGGAAGCUGGAUCGGGAAGAAACGCGAAUACCCCGUAUACCGGAGUUUCGCAGGAUUGCGCGGUCUCGCCACCCUUAUCAAAGGAAGGCGAACCAGAUAACGUUCAGUCUGGUGGCGAUGAUCUAACUUACCUAAGACAUCUGGAACUGGAGCCUAUAGAUCCUUCGACUGGCUUACCGUUGCAUCCUGGAUUUACCGCACGGGGUGGUAGAACGCCAUGUACCAUCACUAGAAGAUUGAUACGACAAAGUGCUCUUGAGCAGGUGCCAUGGGGUUUUUCGUUAUCCUGGGGAAGACCUCCACGGGUGGAACGAGUCGAUCCUGGAAGCCCGGCAGAAAGAGCCGGUCUCAGACCUGGCGAUCACGUUGUCUUCGUGGAUGCGACCAAUAUAGUGACACGUCCUCGAGACGAAAUCCUCGGCCUCAUUCAAGCAGCAACUAAUCAACUGAUUCUCGAGGUUUAUCGCAAAGGUGGUAUCGGCCACGGAGGACACAGGCCUAGUGUUGUGAAUGUCACUCUUCAACCGACGACAUCCAACAGCCAACACACCGUUGCGUUCAGCGCCGAGGUGUUCCCGAGCCUAGCACCCGACGCGCCUCCUGACGAGGAACUGUCCGUCAGAGAAACUCGUUAUUGGAGCACCCUGAAGAGCGGUCAGUCUCUUUUCCUCCUUCCCUUGGCGGAGCGUCGAGAUGUCUUGUCCGCAACCGACCACAUGAUUCUCUUCCAAAAUUUGGAAGAGCUGCUGAAGAUCUCCGAAGAUAUCAGGGACGAGGGCGGAGGCGCCGAAAGUUAUCUCUGCAGGAUCCCCAAGAUUACUGCGGCCUACAGGCGAUAUUUGAGCGGCCUACAACGGGCCUGUUGUCUUCUCGUAGCACUCCGCAGGAACUCGCAGUUCGCUAAAUUGGUCUGCGAACCUGCCGUACCUCAGAAGCGUCGACCCGACCUCACCGGAAUUUUACUACUACCAUUGGAACACUAUAGAGAGAUGACCAGGUUACUGGGAUUGAUCGCUCCGAGGAAUUGUCAACAGACAAGGGACUUGGCUCAGGGAUACCGGGAGGCCACCGCCAACGCGGGAGUUAUGGAACCACCGCGCGACACCGGAAGACCACUUCUCAGUUUGCAGGAAGUAGAAUCGCGACUGGUCUUUGCACGGUGUAAACCUUUUACCUUAGUUAUGCCUGGAAGGCAAUGGCUCUUUGGUGGUGCUUUGGCAAAGGUUGAAGGUCGCGCACGUCUGCAGCCAUCGUGGGCUCUAUUGUUGACGGAUCUACUGGUAUUCGCCCGAGUCUCCAGGGAUCGCGUGCUCUUUGUUACCGAAGAACCGCUUCGUCUGUCGAGCAUCGCCGAAGCUUGUUUCACGGUCAGAAAGAGACCCACGGAAUUCCGCCUGCAAGUGGCCAUUACGCCAAACGGUUCCGAGAACGAGAACGCGGAUUCCGGAAGCGGAGGCGGUGGUUGCAGCCCCCACGGUCGACCACGACGUCGAGUUCUGGUCUUGAGAGCACCUAGUCCUGAAUUAAAAGCAGUGUGGCAUAACCUCCUUCAACGUCAGAUAAUCUAUGUCAAUACAGGCUAUGGGGGCAUGUCGAACCUCGACAGUCCACCGGAAAGUCCCGUCGCGGCUGGCAGUAACGUCACGACCGUACGAGACUCUUCGUCGAGUCAACAGGUAUCGCGAGAAACGAGGCAAGCCGAUGAAGAAAAGGCAAACUCCGGAGAGAGCUUGGAGACCAUCCUGAAGAACUCGACGCCGGAAAACAAUCACUUGGCCCAGUGGGUCCGGAACUCCCAUCAAAUUCCACCACCGGAUUACGAGGGGCCUCUGGAGGAAUGGACCCCGGAGGAGCUGGCGGCCAGGGCACCUAGGGAAAAUACAUCGAGGCAAAUUCAAGACACUCUGAACGAAGAGUCAGCGACCAUUAAUUCGGACGUGGAACAACGCAGCACGACAUCCAGUGCGAGCCUCAGCACCGUUAAAUCGACCAGUCUUUCGAAUAAGAGAAAUGGUAGUUAUGUUACUUCCAAAGACGGUUCCACGGGGUCUAUAAAUAUCUGCAGGAGAUGUCAUAGGUCAGGUUGCCCCACACCACCGCUCCCAAGAGACCCCUUCUCACCUUUGCCUCCCAAAAUAUCGGUCGUUCCUCCAACCCCGGAUUUGUGUACAAGGCACAGACUACGGAAUGGUCUACAAGAUAGUCCUGGACGCAAUAGUCCAAACUGCACACCUGCCGAUGGGAAUACGGAAGAUGGCAGCGAGGAUGAUUUGGAUUGCGAUGGCGAGCCUCCAUAUAGAGCUCUGCGUAGGUUCGGCACAAUGAGCAGCUUGGAUCAGGACGAUGAGUUGGAUGAUCAAGCAGACGAAGAGCACCAUGACUUAGAAUCUCCACCUUCCGGCUUAAGAGCGUGGACGAUGAAAGCCAGCAGUUACGUAGUUAGUAAGAUGGUUCUUCUGGAACAACUCAGCGAAGGAGUCGGAGGUUACCUCCUACAACCUCCCGUACCUCCAGAGAGGACAGAAUUCUCCCUCGAUCCAAAUGACGAAGAGGGUACCACAUCAGGAGCAACGUCGGGUGACGAUAUUUGGGGUACUCCCACAUCCGGAGGUCCGGAUGACGAGAGUUUUACCACGAGCCCACCGCCGUCCAAUGGAACUGGCAAUACAGGUGCCUCCGGGGAGGAGAACUACGGCCUUAGUCUGAAUGCAGAAGACGACGGCGAUCCAGGAUCUGACGAAGACUGCACGCUCAACAUGGAUCAGCUGCUCGGCAUGGGAACGGUCACAACUUUGCGCAGUUUCGUUGGUAGACGGAGGCUGGAACCCCUUCCCGAGGAGGAAGAUUCUCCUGGAAGCGGUAAGCACCAAGUGGGAUGGUGGUGACAGAGGUUUCAGCCGGCGGCUGGAAGAGACGACGACUAUGCACACGAGAGCGCCGACAGGGAACGCGUCUUCGCCAAAUUGAGCCAGGAGGACGAAGAGUUCCGCAAGAAGAUCUUGGACCUGCACAGGAAGCUAUCCGGAGUUGACGAAGGCAGCAGUGACGGGUUCAGGUCACCAAGUCUGCAGAGCGUCCCUCGAAAUGACUCCGAUGGAUUGGAUCCUGCCAUAGAGGAGACGAGCAGUCCGUCCGAAAGCGUUCUGAAAAAACCCAUGGAGGCUGAACACAAGCGGCACAGAGAUCGAGAGAGCCGGCAAGAACUUAACAUUAAGCGAAGGGAGAGAACCCUAGAUUUACUUCGGAAAAGAUCGAAAGGACUAGAGGAUAUAUCGGAAGAUGAUGCACAAAAUAUGGAUCGUAUCGGUACGUCCGACACGAAUUUCUUGGAUCGAUUGAAAAUCAGACGACGUGGCAUAAAGCUUUUCAACUUCCUCAGUGGCAAAACAGGUGACAAAUCGCAAGAGGAACGGGCUACCAAAUUCUUGAGAAUAUAUAUGCCGAAAGAGAAAGGAUCCAAGGCGCAAAACACAAUCUCUAUACAUCGUACGUCCAGAGAUAGAAGGUUUUGGAAACUUAGAAGCCGCAGAAGAUCUAGUUCUACAUGAAACGUUAACGAUAUACAAGCGAAAUGUUGGGUCGAUGAACGUUAUUAAAAUCACUGUCUCUCCAUUUCUAGGACUUCCAUGAUGUGCUCGUUAUCGAAGUUUUCUGAAUUCAACUCGAAAAUUAUACACCAUUAAAAAACGUUGUUUUUCUUAGAAGGUAGAACGCUGAAAGUGCAAAACUAGAGUAACGAGAAACGUAGGUAAACAUUCUAGUCUUUUUGAAAGUGUCUUCGAAGUAAGUGAUUUUAUUGUUAUCUAAUGAGAACAAUUAGACAGAGUGCACAAUUUCGGCACGCCCGAGCAUUAUGCUCUUGGCCAUAGAGGGCUUUAAUAAAUCCGUGGAGAGUAUUCUUUUGGCGACCCCAACACGGCCUAGAAAUACAUUUUGAAAAUACUAAAAUCUUUGUUUGCUCAUCGAACAUACUCGCACCAAAAUGAAAAAUUUCAUUACGAUCGAUCAAGUUAGUUUCAUGCCAUCGUACUUCACUAGGUCCGCACGACUGACCCAACGCGGCACGAACUUUCCUCGAACUCUGAUCGACUGAAAUACAGCCAUGAAAUUUGAAGAUUUAAUUUCAAUUUUACCAUUACUGUUGGUAGUUUGUAAAAUAGUCCUAUGGUUAAAUAUACUAUACAAAUAAAAUAUAUUCUUUGUUCAAACAG